GAGCGAGCGAGCGUGUGUGUGCUGGUAUGUUCCUACACUAAUGCGUGCACGGUGCACGCUUUCACAGCAGUCAUAACGCUCUAUUAGCGUCCGUUGGUUGGUGAACGGCGCGAGCAUGGACUCCAUUCUCUCGUGGACGGGUUCGGGCGCGCGAGCUGUCAGAGACGCGAUUUCCAGCCGGAUCUGGGCCGCUCCACCGCGCGAGAUUCACUUCACGGACUGCUCGGAGCUUCCGCUCGGCUCCUUGAGCUCACAGACCGGCAGCGCAGGUCUGACACACACCCCUCCAGGCAUGAGGAUGAACAUAAUGCGUACCUUGCCUCGCUUGCUUUCAGAUACCGGCCAGAAGAAGACGCCUGACAAGAAGGAUGGGCGCCGUAUGUCCUUCCAGCGACCCAAGGGGACCAUUGAGUAUUCCGUGGAAUCACGCGACACUCUGAACAGCAUCGCGCUGAAGUUCGACACCACCCCCAACGAGCUGGUUCAGCUUAACAAGCUGUUCUCCAGAGCCGUCGUCCCCGGACAGGUUCUGUAUGUUCCUGAUCCAGAGUACGUGUCAAGCGCAGGCAGCUCCCCGUCCCUCAGCCCCAUCAGCCCCCUGUCUCCCACUUCCUCCGAGGCCGAACUCGAGAAGGACUCCGAUGGAGGUGCUCGCUCAGACCCCCCAGCCCCGGCACCGCCAGCUUUCUCGGCUCUGCGCCAUUCCCGCAUCGUCUCCUCCACCUCGGAGGAGGAGGAGGCGCUCACGGAGAAAUUCCUCAAAAUCAACUGCAAGUACAUCACAGAGAGCAAGGGGGCAGUAAGUGGAGUGUUACUAGUGACACCCAAUAACAUCAUGUUUGACCCUCACCGGACAGACCCGCUGGUGCAGGAGCGCGGCUGUGAGGAGUACGGCAUCAUGUGCCCACUGGAGGAAGUGCAGUCUGCGGCCAUGUACCGAGAAAUCACAGACAGCAAGAUCCGCGAAUCCUUACCCACGGACAUCGAGUCAUGGUUCUCAGGGCCUGCUCAUCAUGCAGAACUGCGUCUGAGGGAGGCGUACGACAGCGGCAGCACAGCCCCGCGCAGCACAGACGCCUCUCUUUCCGAAGAUGUGUUCACCGAGCCCGAGCUGUCGCCUAUCCGCGAGGAACAACCAUCCAGCCAGCAGCUCCAGGGUGAGGACCAGUCGUCCACCGAAUCCGUCCACACCGUCAGGAACGACCCCGGGGAAGAGGCAAAGCCCAAGGACGAGAAAGAAGAAAAGACGGAGGUCGAGGCAGGAGGAGAAACCACCAGCGCUUCAGAUGAGGCCAAAAGUCAGGAGCAGCUAAGCACAACAACCAGCAGGGACCAACAGCAGCACCAGCCACAAGCCGCACCCUCGCGGAGUUCCACUACCACGGUGGGCACAGAUCAGGAGCGUGACCCAGACGAGGCUAAAAGCACCAGGGACGGCAAGCGGGACUCUGAAACCGAUGUGGAGGAGCUGAGAAAGAUGUGGAAGAGUCACACUAUGCAACAGGCCAAGGAGCAGCGUGAAAGCGCACAGCACGCACAGAAAGAGACCACGUCAGGCAAAGGUGCUCAGAAACAGAGUUCAGCGGAGGGUCCGGCUGUGAUCAGGGAGAGACGGCUGUCCAGGUCUCAUAAGUUUCUGUGUCUGCGAGUCAGCAAGGCCAUGAAGAAGACGUUUGUGUCCAACGCCAGCGCCUCCAUGCAACAGUACGCACAGCGAGAUCGUAAACACGAGUACUGGUUCUCUGUGCCACAGGAGAGGUCAGACCACCUGUACUUGUUCUUCAUCCAGUGGAGCCCGGAGUCAUUUGGCGAAGGCAUGGGAAGCAUCAGUCGCGAGCCCGGGUUCAUGGUGGUCAAAAAGAUCGAUGAACCCGAAGCCGACAGCGAACAGACGACGUCAGACUGGGAGCUGUGGCUUCUUCCCCCUUUCCUAUCUCUGUACCAGGUAGUGUCACUGAGCGAACAUCACCGCCGGAUCGAUGCACUAAACUCUGAAGAUCUGCGUGCCCUGUGCAAACGGCUCCAGAUCACCACCAAGGAGGAGGUGAACUCCAAACACGGCACGUCCAUCACAGCCACCCUGGAGCCGGAGACCUUUAAACCCAACUUGAGCGAACCUAGCGAACUCCUGGAGGCCGAACAGAUAGAGAAGCUGGCAAAGCAUCUCCCACCCAGAACCAUAGGCUAUCCAUGGACGCUGGCGUUCGGCACGUCCAAGCACGGCAUGAGUAUUAAAACCCUGUACCGGAUCAUGCAGGGGCAGGAUUCUCCCAUGCUCCUCGUCAUUAAAGACAGCGACGGGCAGGUGUUUGGGGCAUUAGCAUCAGAGCCGUUUAAAGUCAGCGAAGGAUUUUACGGCACAGGAGAGACGUUCCUGUUCUCCUUCUAUCCACAGUUUGAGGUCUACAAAUGGACAGGUGAUAACAUGUUCUUUAUCAAAGGAGACAUGGACUCCCUGGCAUUUGGUGGAGGAAGUGGUGAAUUCGGUUUGUGGCUGGAUGGAGAUCUCUACCAUGGCAGGAGUCACUCGUGCAAAACGUUUGGGAACCCGAUGCUCUCCAUGAAGGAGGAUUUCUUCGUGCAGGACAUUGAGAUCUGGUCCUUUGAGUAGGCCACUCUCCCCAUUAGCGGGGAAGAGAGAGGGAGAUGGCUCCAGUCAGGGAAAGAAAGCCAGCCAGAUGUCUCUAUACUGGCUAGAAGUGUCCCAAACCUUAAUGUGCAUCACCUUGGCUACCAGGAAGCCUGUUUUUAAAGAAGCAUAAUCUCUUUAUGCUUCUGCAUUUAACCCAGAUCCUUUCCCCUCCCUCCCUUCCUCCCUCCUUCCUUCUCUCUCUGUCUCUCUCUCUCUCUCUCUUUCCUCGUGAUGUUCCCAUGUGUACUUUAUUCCGAGCUUCAGUACAAAGGUGUGUUCAGGUGAGCAGAAGAAAGUUGAGACGCACCGCGACAAUCAUCAGUGAGCGUUAAUCUACUGAUUUACAGGGGACCACUGGAGCGCUCUAAACAUCAGAUGGUGAUGCUGGGAUAGGUUUGGGACGAGGCGGAUCUGUUACAGCCCGAGACAGAAGGCUUCAUCCUUUGGGUAAUAAUCCGAUGUUACUAAUGCAAAGGCCUCAUGCUGGAGAAGGACAACAAAGAAAAAAGAAACUGAAGUAACUACAACACAUUCCUGUGCCCUUUGACACUAAAGAAACGUUAUUGACCAGUAACUGGAUCGCCUGAUCAAGGCAGCAUCCAUACAGAGAGCAAAUAAAGCGUGAGUGUACCUGCGGGAGUUUCCUUCUGAAGCGAAUUAAUACAAGUGUCGUGAAUUCAUAGUCUUUCUGUCGUUCACCAUCAUAGAUUCACCGCGGUAAAGCACAUAGCCCUUAAUCUAUGAAGAAAAACAUCGUCGUUCCGUUCUGUUCAGUGGGUUUGUGCGUGAGUUCAGCUUCCUCCGUGUGUGGAGGGUCGUGUGUGUACUGUUUGUAGACAGUAAUGUGUCGCAAUAGAUUUUGUGGAAUAUGCAAAUUACUGUUCUUGUUAACCUCAAUAAUCCAGACGGGGUCUUUUUUGUCUCCUCUUCCCGUCGCUCUUUCAGACUAACUUUUAAAAGCUUUUAUGUCACGAGAGAAAAUUUUGCUUUUCAGGGUAUCAGUUGAAAAGCUGGAUUUUUUUUUUCAUAAAUAUUAUGACAAUUAUAUAUUUAUGUAUAUAAUUAUAUAACAAAUUCUAUAAAUAUCUAUAUAUAUAUGUAAUUAUAUAUUGCUGUUAAGUGUGACAGUGAUCUUUUUUGUGCUGAUUUUUCAGCUGUUACCAAUAUAAUGUACAGUAUAUUACCCUGUAAAUUAAUGUUAAAAUAGUAGACUUGUUCCUCUCUCUCUCUAUAUAUAUAUAUAUAAAUAUAAAUAUUAGCAGACAAAUAUAUAGAGUGUGGAUUGGUGGGUUGCUUCUAGCACUUUAAUCUAGUUUAAAGCCAGAUGCUUUCGGCUUUUUUUGCAGUAGCUGUACAGUCUUUAUUAUAUAUAUUUUUUCCUUUCUUUAAUUUGUGUGUUUAGAAAUUUAACAGUUGUUAGAUGUUUAUGAAGAGCUUUCUGCUACACUGUUGGGGAGAAAAAAUGUAGCUAAAGCUCUGAAUCUAAUGUCCCGAGUCCGGUGAGGUUUAGAUCCUUUCCUCACGUGUCUCGUCCCGAUGCCGUGUCUCUGUUGGUGUGUAGAUUCACUGUUCACAGGCUGAGGGAGGAAGAGGAGGGUGAAGAAGCGCAGGUCAUCAUCAGACCCUCAUCACUCUUCCCACACCAGCAAGUUCUGUCCAUGUGGAGUCACAGACGAGGUCCAGUGUGAACAAAAUGCUCCAGCUGAUAUGCUGGAAUGCAGUGUAAUAGUGAUGUUAAAAAAAAUAAAUAAAAAGUAUACAAAUAAAAAUAUUGUAACCUCA